AUGAGCCAAAGAAAUAACACAGCUCCAUCGACAGAGCCGCUUAAAGAUUUCCAUUAUUAUGCACAUCUUCCCGCAGAGUUACGUGAAGCUGUUAUGGAUCUGUCAUAUAUGCAACAUGCUGUCGUCAUUCGAGAGUGCGCUGUGGUCGGUGCGGUUAAAGGUAGCGGAGAACCAAAUAAGGAGCUGAAAAUCUACGAGGUGUAUAAGCCAAGUAAUCGAUCAGGUCAAUUUAGGGCCAGCAGAGAGACGAGAGAACAUGCAUUAAAGACACAUACAGUAAUUCUGCAAAGAUCCAUUCCAGGCCACAGCGUACGCUACGACCACAGAACCGAAACAUUCUGCCCGAAACAUUCUAAGGGCCAAAUAAUCUACCUCCAUAAAACACAGGGCACACUAGCCUGCCAUCCGUAUCCCAUAACUCGUACUUAUGUUACGGACCAAGGAAGCCGGGAGGUUAAGGAAAAGAUAUCUACCGCACACGUGCCAGAACAACCAGAAGUUUCACUUGCCCGUUUGAAAGCCCUAUUGAAGGAUUCUCGAUACCGUCAACAUGAGGACGACAAUAUGUAUUUCGACGAAGAUGUAGCUCAGGCCGAAUUUUAUGAAAACCGCAGCGCUAGAAACAACUUGGAAAAAGUUCAAAGCAUUGCUCUUUUUAACUUUGCAUGGCCUGCACCCCAAGACGGCAACGACUCUGACAGCGAAGAUGCCUAUUUUCACAAAAGGCUUGAAGAAGAAAUCAAAGACGGCUUCCAAAACCUCGAAAGAUUGUUCCUCUUCUACUCUAAUCACGGGGAUGAUGAGCAAUACAUCAAACUCCAAAACGUCUAA